CAUUAUUUUUUUUCUCCAUCUUUAACAAUGGCCAAAAUUUUCCUCUGCCUAAUUUUGAUCACCUUAACACAAAUUUUUCUAGCUAUAGAAGCCAAUCCCAGGUUCCUACAAUCUGUCAAAAACAACCCAAUGAAACAAAGAACCGAAAAACUAAGCCAUUUUCGGUUUUAUUGGCACGAUGUCAUAAGUGGUUCGAACCCAACUUGUGUAAACAUAAUUCGACCACCAGCAGCCAACAAUAAAACAAGUCCAACCGGGUUCGGGAUGGUCAACAUGAUCGAUGAUGCAUUGACCGAAGGGCCCGAGUCGAGUUCUAAGUUAUUAGGAAGAGCCCAAGGUUUUUAUGGGCAGGCUUCUCAACAAGAUGUUGGACUAUUGAUGGCUAUGAAUUUUGCUUUUUCGACCGGGAAGUAUAAUGGGAGUACAAUUACUAUAUUGGGUCGGAACCCGGUUUUUAAUAAGGUUCGAGAAAUGCCCGUGAUCGGAGGAAGCGGGUUGUUUCGGUUUGCUAGAGGUUAUGUACAAGCUAGUACACAUACAUUUGAUAUGAAAACUGGAGAUGCGGUUGUUGAGUAUAAUGUUUAUGUUAUGCAUUAUUGAUAGAUUGAGAUUAUUAUAAUCUUCUUCUUCUUGUUUUUUUUUUUCUUGGCAACAAGUUUAAUGAGUCGCUUUAUCUUUGAAUGUUUUUAGUUUUUAUUUAACGGCGAAUGUUUCUGUAUGUUAGAAUUAAUUAACCGAUAUCAUGAAGUGAACCUUCUUAUCGAACAUCUAUCUAUCUUUUUGGUUU